GCUGUGUGUUACGAGUACGGUAGGCGAAUAACAAAAAAAAAUCACAACAACAAAUUCAAGAUACUACGAACGAACUAUGUGUGUGCGUUUGUACGGUGCACCCAUACAUCUGUGUACGCGGUUCGAAGAAGAAGAAGAAGGAAAAGAGAAAACCAACUCAGUGCUAGAUGACGUGACACAUACACAUAAAACUGACGAAACCUCGCACUAAAGCGAUUACUUUGAGGCAGACGAAAAAGCCAAAUGAAUUAUUUUUGGAUAUUUGUCGGAUCAACAUCGAUUCGCGACAAUAUCAAUUAAAGUAACAAAAAGCAUGAUCCGAAUGUGAAACCAACGUUGCUUAUGCAAAUAAUAAACGGUACAUAAAUUGUUUGUGCAUUGCUGAUAAAAGUGGAUGCCGUUGAGUAGUGUAGUUUUGUACUAUUCAAAUGUAUUGUAUUAUUUUCGGUUGUUAUUUAAUGUGAAUGAGCAAAUUUCGUCGAAACUCCAAAGUGAGAUUCUAUUCACAAACACACAUCCAAACAAACGUUAUCAAUCAUUCGAUUUAUUCGUGGGAAUAUUUGAUUUAUCUGCUGCUUAACAAUUUCAAUAUAAAUCAUACGGCGGCUCAUACAGUAUUUGCAGUAAGUGAAGUACAAAAAAAAACUUGCAUUACGAUCGACAUCGUCUAGCAGCGAAGUGUUUAACGAACGAACAAAAAAAAAUCAUACGUGUGAAAUCCAUAUCAUACAGUGAAUCUAUUUGUGAGAAUAUAUCGGUCGGCGGCACAGUCGACAGCGGAACUUAAGCAAAUAAAUGUGUUUCGUACAAUUUCAGUCGUUUAAAGCUAUCGGCAACGAAUAGUACUCACAUAUGAGGUUUCUCAUACGCGGCGGACUAAGUGCUUGUUAAUUAUUGAAUUAAUGUAAUUUAUUAUUGAACACUACAUGCAACACUGAAUCGAAAUUGUGAAACAGUUAAAAAAAACGCCGAAUUUUUGUUUAUUGAUUUCUGAAUUUUCUCGUUAUUUUUUGCACAUUUGGUAUAGUGAGGCGUAAUGUGUGUCACGCAUUCAGUCCAUGUGAUAUGAAUUUUGCUUGAAUUCAUUAAUACCAAUCGUCUUGGCGUCCAAAACCAGUUUGUUUUGCCAUGCGUGCGGAACAAAAUCAACAAUCGAUUCUCAUCUCUCUAAAUAGUUGAAAUACCAUCGAACGAUAACAAAUCGAUCAAUAGUGCAAACAAAUAAAAAAGAAGAAAAAAAUUGACUGCAUGAUUUUUUGCAUCGUAGUCUCCAAUGAAAAUAAAAAUUAGCUUUGUGAUUGAGGUGUGUAAUCGCGAAAUAGAAACUCUCUGAUACAACGAAAAAAAGAUAAAUAUUUCUUGUUCAUGUGUAGUUAAUCAUUUUGUGCGAUUAAAAAGAGGAAGAAAAUCUACAGCUAAAGUUGUCAAUGUUAUAUUGGCAUAGACAGAAGAAAAAAAACACAAAGACAAUCAAUAGUUUGAAGUAUUUUUGUUUACGAUAAAUGUGCAGAAAAAGAGAGAGAUGAUUUGUUUGUUGUGAAAAUACUAUUAUUUAUAGUCAUUCAUCGGGUUGUGUUGAACGUCUAAACGUGAUUCAAAUCACUGAUAAUUUUUAAACCAAUUUAAUAUCAAACAAACAAAAACUACACACAAAAUGUCAAACACAGAGCAUAUAAGCGACGGUAUACACGAGUCACAAUUAUUUGGUGACAGUAAUAGUGUUUUAAAUCAUAGAAAUACAAAUAAUGUGUCUAAGAAUUCAUUUACAUCGAAUAAUCAAAAUGGUAAAAUUUCAUCAUCGCCGUCAUCGUCGACAACUGCCAAUAAUAAUCAUGAAACAACAAAUACAAAAAAUGUGUUUAUGAAACUAAAAACAUAUCUAGAUGCAUCGCGACCAUGGUCAUUGUCAGCGAGUUUGGUGCCAACACUUUUGGGAUCGGCACUCGCAUAUCGAUCAUCAACACCGCACGAAUUCAAUCCAUUGAUAUUUAUUCUAACCAUAUUCACAGUGGUAACGGUACAUGGGGCUGGCAAUGUCGUUAACACAUAUUAUGAUUAUAUUAAGGGCAUUGACAAUCGAAAAUCCGAUGAUCGCACACUGGUCGAUCAUAUUUUAUCAAAAGAUGAGAUGGUGACGUUGGGUGCGAUUCUGUACAUGGCUGGAUGUGUUGGUUUCGUUCUUUUAGUGUAUCUAAGCCCGGCAAAAUUUGAACAUUUGGCAUUGGUGUAUUUUGGCGGUUUAUCAUCGAGUUUUCUAUACACGGGUGGCAUUGGACUGAAAUAUAUCGCUCUCGGUGAUAUUUUAAUUUUAAUCAUUUUCGGACCGAUAUCUGUACUAUACGCCUACUUUGCUCAAACCGGCGAAUUGGUAUUGGCAACCAUUUACUUUGCCAUUCCGCUUGCUCUGAACACCGAAGCCAUUCUGCACAGCAACAAUACACGGGAUGCUGAAACGGAUAAAGCGGCCGGCAUUGUAACAUUGGCCAUCAUCAUCGGACGAUCCGCAUCGCAUGUACUCUACGCCAUUUUACUAUUUACACCGUAUAUUAUAUUUUGUGUUUUGGCCGUAAAAUACUAUUCAUACUGGUUUUUAUUGCCGUUGUUUACGUUAUCGCAUGCCUUCAAAAUUGAAAGACAAUUCCGAUCAGGAACAACGGUUCAAUCGGUGCCACAUCAAACGGCUAACUUGAAUUUAUGUUUUGGAAUUUUAUACGUGGUUGCCUGUUGUUUUGCACCACAAUUACCCGGCAUCACAACGACACCACACUGAAUUUAAUAACACAAACAACUCUGUACAUGAAAUAAACGACAAUAUUUGCUUAAUCGAUUUUAUUGAAUGAGUAAAUUAACACAAAAGAAUAAAAUAUUCCCUUUGUACUUGCGCGACAGAUAAAUAUCGUGAAAGAAGAUAGUCACCGACAAAAAUAUAAUCGCUUGAUUUCUUUCGAUUUGGACUUUUUUUUUAAUAAGAAGAUAUAUCUUAAAGAAAACUUGGACGAAAAAAAAUGAUUAAAAAAACGACUUUUUUAUUAAAUUAUUUAUAUAAAAUACGAAGAACCCAGUGUACCAAAAUCAAUAUGUCUUUCAAAAACAAAUGAAUCUAACCUAUAUGAUAAUAAAAUGUGCAAGAAUUACUUAGUUAAAAUAAUUAUAAAAAAAUCUUGUCCUAUUUGUUUUGUAU